CCCGUUUAGGAAGGUACACGGGCCGGGAUACGUACCCCCACUACAGCCGCCGUUUUCCACCUCACGUUCAGAUGCGCGACUCCACUGUCAAAGGGUCCCGCUUCACAUUCGCGAUCAAGACUUCCGUACCUCAUAUCACGAACAAACAUCAUUCCUGCCUCUCAGUCAACCUCUCAAUCACGGUUCUUAUCACGUAUAUCGCCAAAUAAAGUAACACAUGACACCUACUCGCGACAAUGUCAUCAGUCAAAAUCCAUCCUCCUAAGAAGGGCUCCUCAGCUUCAGAAAGCCCAUUGCCCCCGCUCAUCAAGACACCCUCUGGACUUGCGCUGCUUGAGAUGCAAGGAACUGUCAACGUGCCUCACUUCAACCCCGACGAGUAUGCCAGCAAAAAGGAGCCGGAGAUUUCCAUUGGCAAAGUGAUAUUCCCUGACUAUCAUCCCGAAACGCAGGAAGAGGGCAGCACGGCCUGGAUGAAGCGCGUCUUCCUCUACGUCGGCCAGCAUCAGAGACUGCAGGGCGAGGUCAAGAAACUGCCGAAGGCCAUGGCUAUCAUCCGGCGAAAGGGAGAUGCCCCCACUGGCGGUGAAGGAGAGUCUGAGGAGGAGCUUGAGAUUGCGGAGAUCGUCAAGUACAAGAUCAUGUUUGGGAACCGGCCAGAGCCCGUUGGUACGGAAAACACAUAGGAGAAGUCUUCAUUAUCGACGGUUCGAGGCCGCCGGGGCGAUCUUUGAAGAAUCACACCACACCGACGAGGCUUGGCAUGUUGUGGCGAGAGGGCGAAGGGUUGCUAAGGACGAUAGCGAUUGCGGCGUUCAUCUCGUCGUGUUGCCACGAUUCCCGACCAGAACAACUAUGACUGGCACGGCAGAUCCCUUGCCGUCUAUAUUUUCCGUGACACUUGUUCAUUGCGGCGGCUCCGGUUUCAUCAUAGCCGGUCAUCAAAAGUAAGACUGCAAAGAUUGUCAACCUCACACUCAUCCCCGCUACAUCUUGGUCAGUGUCAUCACCAGGAGCACAUCUCAUAAGCUCGUAUGUCUUUGCGACAGAAUGACAACUACGGCUCACAAAUCAUACAGCUGCGGUCCGAGGCAUUGGUAGG